AUGGCUGUAUGGGAGCAAUUAGAAGUUUCAAAAGCUCACGUAGCUUACGCAUGUGUGGGUGUUUUCUCAUCUAUCUUCUCAUUAGUAUCACUUUUCGUGAAGGAGAAACUGUAUAUUGGUGAAUCCACCGUGGCGGGUAUAUUCGGACUUAUAGUGGGGCCCGUUUGUCUAGAUUGGUUUAACCCAUUAGAGUGGGGUAACUCUGAUGUUAUUACAUUAGAGAUUACUAGAAUAGUUUUAUGUUUACAGAUUUUUGCUGUUGCCGUUGAACUACCACGAAAGUACAUGAAGAAGCAUUGGCUUUCAGUUACCAUGCUACUAGUACCGGUAAUGACUGCUGGUUGGUUAAUUAUUGGUCUGUUUGUAUGGAUUAUCAUUCCACACAUCAACUUUCCAGCAGCUUUGUUAGUAAGUGCUUGUAUCACUGCCACAGAUCCUAUUCUGGCACAGUCAGUGGUUUCAGGUAAGUUUGCCAAAAAGGUGCCGGGGCAUUUAAGAAAUUUACUAUCAGCUGAAUCAGGUUGUAAUGAUGGUAUGGCAUUUCCAUUCAUUUAUUUAUCCCUUAAUUUAGUUCUUCACCCAGGAAGAGGAGGACUUAUUGUUAAAGAUUGGAUUUGUAUAACAAUCCUCUAUGAAUGUCUGUUUGGAUGCAUAUUAGGUGUUGUGAUAGGAUACGUUGGUAGAAUAUCUAUAAGAUUUGCUGAAGAAAAGAACAUUAUAGACAGAGAAUCAUUUUUGGCUUUCUAUGUGGUAUUAGCUUUUAUAUGUGCUGGUUUUGGUUCUUUAUUAGGUGUUGAUGACCUUCUUGUAUCGUUUGCAGCCGGUGCUGCAUUUGCAUGGGAUGGUUGGUUUUCUCAGAAAACUGAAGAAUCCAAUGUGUCUACUGUUAUUGAUGUCUUGCUAAAUUACGCCUAUUUUAUCUACUUUGGUGCCAUUAUCCCAUGGGAUCAAUUUAACAAUGGUGAUAUUGGUCUAAAUGUCUGGAGACUGAUCGUAUUAGCAAUUAUUGUUAUCUUCUUGCGUAGAAUUCCAGCAGUUAUGAUUCUAAAACCUGUUAUACCCGAUAUCAAAUCAUGGCGUGAGGCGUUAUUUGUGGGCCAUUUUGGGCCUAUUGGUGUAGGCGCAAUCUUUGCUGCUAUUCUGGCUAGAGGUGAGCUUGAACAUGAAUUUCUGGAAGAACCCACUCCGUUAAAUGUUGUUCCUCCAGAGGUGGAAACUGAACAUUGGCAAUUGAUUGCCAUUUUAUGGCCAACGAUUUGUUUCUUUAUCAUCACAUCUAUCAUUGUUCAUGGUUCAUCCGUUGCUGUGAUAACACUAGGAAGACAUUUGAAUACUGUGACUUUGACUAAAACUUUUACCACCCAUACUACAAAUGGGAAUGGGAAAUCAUCUUGGAUGCAAAGAUUACCCUCACUUGAUAAGAGUGGUAGAUCAUUUUCAUUACACCGUGUGGAUACGAGUGCCACAAAUGAAACUAUACACCAUGAAACUGAACCUGAUGAAUUGAAACAGAAUGAUACCAUGGAAGAUUACAGUGGCGUCACAACUAGUGGCAAACCUGUAAGAGCAGCUGGUGGAAUGCGGAGAAGGGUUACUAGGAAGAAGAAAAAGAGUAGAGGUAGAAAGCAUGCCGAAAGACUGAUGAGGAAGACUGAAAAACUAAACCCUAUGUUCGGAGGCUAUGAUGAUGAGCUAAAUGAUUUGGGUAGAGAAAAACUUCAAUUAGAAAAGGAAGCUGAAGCUGGCACAUUUGCACUAGGACGUAAAAACUGGCCAAAUGCUGACAACGAUGACGAUGCCGAUGGUUCACCACAUACUGUGAUUGGUACUAGUAUAAGUGGCUCUGAUCAAUAUGAUGAGGAGAAAGUGGAUUCUCGCCAUUCUCUUGAAAGUACGCAAUCUGAAAAAGAAAGGAAACUUGCUGAACUUAAAGAGCAAGAAGAAACUCCUCAUGUUGCUUAUGCAGAAGGGAACAAGAUUAUUUUUGAGAAUAAACAAGGUGAAAUUAUUGAUGAAGCUAAGCUAAAUAGUCCAUCUGAUGAGGAGGCCCAGCAAUCGUUCCGAAGCCCAAGUUCAUUAAAGAAAACUAGAAGCAAUGAUUCUACAAGUAGAAGUAUGACUAGUAUGAAUAGUCUGAAGAGAAUUAUUACUCCUCCAUCUGUGAAAAAGGUACAUUCACUAAUUGAUCGUAGUCAUCCAAAGUAUAUUGCAUACAAAAUAGACAACCAAUUAAUUAUUGAAGAUGACGAAGGUGAAGUUUUGAGACGUUACAAGAUCAAUACCCAUGAUAAAGAAGAAUCUAAAACAUCUCCCAAAGUUCAAACUAGAAAUGAAAGGAGCUCAAGUAUUGUCUCUAGAGCUUUGUCUGCUGUUGGAUUAAGAAAUGGAUCUAAAACUACUUUAGCAUCUGAUGAAGUAACUGGAGUAGCAGAAGGGGAAAGACAGUUCGUACUAACUCCAGUACCUACACAUAUGUAUGAUCAGAAUGAAAACCAAAUCAACGAAGAAGAUGAGGAAGGAACUAGUUAUAGUGGGUCUGAAAAUGAUAAUGAAGAAGAAAAUUCUCAAUCUGAUGACUCAUAUGAGUAUGAUAGCAAUCAAUUAUCAGGUGAGGAGUCCAAUGAAAGAUCUGAGGAUGAGGAAAGUGAAGAUUAUGAUGAAGAUAGUGAUAAUUAUUCUGAAACUCAAAUAGAAAGAGAUCGUCGUCUAAAUGCCCUUGGCCAUAUAUCUUUACCUGCAGAAGCUGAUGAUGAGGAACCAGCUCCUUAUAUUCCACAACUAGAUCAAAAUAAUUCUAGAAAUAAAAUGAAAUCCACAUUCGCGAGGUUCAAGAAAUAA